AUGGAGUGUUGGGAUGCUGCUGUUUCUCACCUGAGCUGGACUCUGAUUGUUGGGGGCGUGGCCUUCCUGCUGCACCAGAGGCGGGCACACACGCCGUAUGGCCGCUACGUGCCGGCGGAGGGUCGCCGCUGUCCGGCCAGACUGGGCUGGUUCCUGCAGGAGGUCCCGGCCUUCCUGCUGCCACUGCUGCUGCUGCUCGCUGACGAAGCGAAGGCCGAGCCGGGGAUGAGUGGACGCAGGACCGGGAGGACGCUACUGCUCUGCACCUUCAUGCUACACUACUUCCACAGGACUUUCAUCUACGGCUUCCUGACCAGAGGACGACCCGUCCCGCUGUCCAUCGUCCUCUACGCCGCCAUCUUCUGCUCGCUCAAUGGCUUCCUGCAGGGACACCACCUGCUGCACUGCGCACAGUUUGAAGACACCUGGCUGACGGACGCUCGCAUGGCUGCAGGUUUUCUUCUGUUUGUGGUUGGAAUGACCAUCAACAUCCACAGUGACCACAUCCUGCGCAACCUGAGGAAAGCUGGAGAGACUGUCUACAGGAUCCCCCAUGGGGGGAUGUUUGACUUUGUGUCUGGAGCUAAUUUCUUUGGGGAGAUUGUGGAGUGGUGUGGCUACGCUGUAGCUGCUUGGUCUUUGCCCACCUUCGCCUUCGCUUUCUUCACCGUCUGCUCCAUCGGGCCCAGAGCCUGCCAGCACCACAGAGACUACCAGCAGAGGUUUGAGGACUACCCUCGCUCCAGGAAAGCUCUCAUUCCUUUCAUACUGUGA